ACAGAGACAGAGACAGAGACAGAGGGAGAGACGUGGUGGCUGUGGUGUAUCAUAUUGACAUGGUACAUUUGGGUGAGAAGGUGUUGCUGUUUGUUGACCAUCUCUAACAAGGUCAGCUGUCCGACCCUGCUAAAUACUUCACUUUGUAAGUGCUUAUUUCUCUUAAACUGUGUGUGCGUGUGUGUUUGCUUGUGGGCCUUUGCACAAAUACUGUAUGUACUCCACUAAUACCGUACCGUCUAUGCUUGUUUGCAUUUUUUAACUCUUCACACUGUCAUACACAAUAUCUACCAUCUGCUAAGUGUUUAUCUUCUCCUUUCUCUCCUUCAAUUUAUCAAGUGUUCUUUCACUUCUCCUUUCCCUCUAUCAUCUCAGUGGCACACACAGCUGGGGUCACAACACACUAUGCACCACUGAUCAAGGGUUAAACAUCAGUUGGGGGCUGCUGUGCACUGUUAAAAUAGCUGCCAGUUUGAUAUCAUUGUACACUAACACAUUAUCUGUCCCAAAUGCCUGCACAGCAAGAGAUACUCUGUCACAGUAUUGUACAGUAACAACAAGAACUGCUUGAUCCCAAUUCCCAGAACACAAUACACACAAAAACAACACAACAAGAGCCUUUCGAAAAUGAGAGAAUGAAAGAUGGUGUGUGUUUCAGUUUUAAAGCCUUCAACGCCUGUACAGCAAAAGUCAGUAAUGACAUACCAGCACUGUUCUGUAUUGCUCUUUGUCCUGUGUGUACAAGGCAAUAAACUAAAGAAUGUAUAAACCCCAUUUCCACUUCAAUUAGUAACCCAUUUGCCGUAGACUACAGUCUAAGCUUUAGGCGGCAGGGGAAACCUGUUCAUUGACACUGUUCUUAGUGUGAGUUUACAAGUGUGGUCAAAACAACCUGUUCCUCUGUGCAAGCAUACAUUGUGUGUGUGUGUGUGUGUGUGUGUGUGUGUGUGUGUGUGUGUGUGUGUGUGUGUGUGUGUGUGUGUGUGUGUGUACAUUAGGAUUACAGUAUUUGCUCAUGGGUUACCUGAAAGAAAAAGUUACAUUUCAAAAUAUAAUUUUGAUUGUUUGAACAACGUGUAGGCCGCAUCAAGUACAGAGUGAGCAGUAGAAUUAGCACAUGCAUUUUUAUGAGCACAGGCUUAUAUCAAAAUGCUUUUCAAUCAACACCAGCCCAUUUUGAUUGGCUCAAAUCAACGGAUCAUUGAUUGGCAGUGGUAGUGAGACCCCUCCAAAGAGGUGAAAGUGUUUCAGAGAACACAGAAUGGAACUAAUAUGAGGUCAUACUUGGAAUGGUAGAAUAGAAUAUAAACGUUGUUAAUGAUAUCAGUUGGACACUUUCAAGAUGUUGAUAGAUGGCCCUGUUUUAUGCAUUUGAUUGGAUUAUAACAGUCAAGACGUUAUCCCUGUGAAUCACAAGGUAAGUCCUUUUUUUCUCUGAAAUACUGUCGCAUAUACAGUUGAAGUCGGAAGUUUACAUACAUUGGAGUCAUUAAAACUCGUUUUUCAACCACUCCACAAAUUUCUUGUUAACAAACUAUAGUUUUGGCAAGUCGGUUAGGACAUCUACUUUGUGCAUGACACAAGUAACUUUUCCAACAAUUGUUUACAGACAGAUUAUUUCACUUAUAAUUCACUGUAUCACAAUUCCAGUGGGUCAGAAGUGUACAUACACUAAGUUGACAGUGCCUUUAAACAGCUUGGAAAAUUCCAGAAAAUGAUGUCAUGGCUUUAGCUUCUGAUAGGCUAAUUGACAUCAUUUGAGUCAAUUGGAGGUGUACCUGUGGAUGUAUUUCAAGGCAUACCUUCAAACCCAGUGCCUCUUUGCUUGACAUCAUGGGAAAAUCAAAAUAAAUCAGUCAAGACCUCAGAAAAUAAAUGGUAGACCUCCACAAGUCUGGUUCAUCCUUGGGAACAAUUUCCAAACGCCUGAAGGUACCACGUUCAUCUGUACAAACAAUAGUACGCAAGUAUAAACACCAUGGGACCACGCAGCCGUCAUACCGCUCAGGAAGGAAACACGUUCUGUCUCCUAGAGAUGAACGUACAUUGGUGCGAACAGUGCAAAUUAAUCCCAGAACAACAGCAAAGGACCUUGUGAAGAUGCUGGAGGAAAUAGGUACAAAAGUAUCUAUAUCCACAGUAAAACGAGUCCUAUAUCGACAUAACCUGAAAGGCCACUCAGCAAGGAAGAAGCCACUGCUCCAAAACCCCCAUUAAAAAGCUAGACUACGGUUUGCAACUGCACAUGGGGACAAAUAUCAUUAUUUUUGGAGAAAUGUCCUCUGGUCUGAUGAAACAAAAAUAGAACUGUUUGGCCAUAAUGACCAUCGUUAUGUUUGGAGGAAAAAGGGUGCUGCUUGCAAGCCGAAGAACACUAUCCCAACCGUGAAGCACGGGGGUGGCAGUAUCAUGCUGUGGGGGUGCUUUGCUGCAGGAGGGACUGGUGCACUUCACAAAAUAGAUGGCAUCAUGAGGAAGGAAAAUUAUGUGGAUAUAUUGAAGCAACAUCUCAAGACAUCAGUCAGGAAGUUAAAGCUUGGUCGCAAAUGGGUCUUCCAAAUGGACCAUGACCCCAAGCAUACUUCCAAAGUUGUGACAAAAUGGCUUAAGGACAACAAAGUCAAGAAUUGGAGUGGCCAUCACAAAGCCCUGACCUCAAUCCUAUAGAACAUUUGUGGGCAGAACUGAAAAAGCGUGUGCGAGCAAGGAGGCCAACAAACCUGACUCAGUUACACCAGCUCUGUCAGGAGGAAUGGGCCAAAAUUCACACCAAACUUAUUGUGGGAAGCUUGUGGAAGGCUACCCAAAACGUUUGACCCAAGUUAAACAAUUUAAAGGCAAUGCUACCAAAUACUAAUUGAGUGUAUGUAAACUUCUGACCCACUGGGAAUAAAAGCUGAAAUAAAUCAUUCUCUCUACUAUUAUUCUGACAUUUCACAUUCUUAAAAUAAAGUGGUGAUCCUAAUGACCUAAGACAGGGAACUUUUACUAGGAUUAAAUGUCAGGAAUUGUGAAAAACUGAGUUUAAAUGUAUUUGGCUAAGGUGUAUGUAAACUUCCGACUUCAACUGUACAAUAUGUUACAAGCUAUCUGUAGAAGCCAUAUUCUGAAUGAACAUGUCAUAUCAUGAUGUCCUUUGGGUGGUGGGCCAUUCUUGAUACACACGAGAAACUGUUGAAUAUAAAAAAACCAGCAGCGUUACAGUUCUUGACACACUCAAACCAGUGCACCUGGCACCUACUACCAUACCCCGUUCUAAAGCACUUAAAUAUUUUGUCUUGCCCGUUCACCCUCUGAAUGGCAGACAUACACAAUCCAUGUCUCAAUUGUCUCAAGGCUUAAAAAUUCUUCUUUAACCUGUCUCCUCCCCUUCAUUUACACUGAUUGAAGUGGAUUUAAAAAGUGACAUCAAUAAGGGAUCAUAUAGCUUUCACCUGGAUUCACCUGGUCAGUCUAUGUCAUGGAAAGAAGCAGGUGUUCCUAAUGUUUUGUAAACUCAGUGUAUGAUGUUUUCUUUUGUUUCACUGUUUCUAUUUCAAUUUUUUACUUUGCUUAAAAUGUUUCGCACACUUGUUGAUAAUUCUGUAUUUAAGUGCAGUUAGUAAUUAAUUAAUUAACAGUAAUUAAGUAAGAGUAGCCUAUCAGAAAAAAAGAUUUUUCCUAACAUCAGUAAGUGAUGUAUUUGAUGUGGUCAGGGAGGUAAUCAUGUGUGACAGAGUUGCAUUGUUGUCUCUGCUAUCUGCAUUCAUAAUUAAAGGUCUUCAGUGUCAGAGUUAUCUUAUUUGUGUUAUUAAUCUGUCUGUUUGUCUGUCUGUGCAUGUGUGCAUUAUUCUUAUAGGCAAUUUUUUGAUAAAUAUUGCUGAUCAAUAAAGCCAGCAAUAGAAAUUCCUCACUGUUUUGUAUAAGAUAGUGGCAAUGUUUUUGCUAACUUACCAUCUACUGUAAGGGUAUAACCAGGCCCCCUCACCCUCAAGUGGAUAAAAAGACAGCCUACUCCUCAUUGAGUAGACGUGGGUGCAGGCAGGGCUGGGAAUUGCAUGACAAUACUGAGAAUGUAAUAAACAUUGUGAAUAUACAAAGAGUUAUAAUAAUAUGUGUAUACAGUGCCUUCGGAAAGUAUUCAGACCCCUUGACUUUUUCCACAUUUUGUUACGUUACAGCCUUAUUCUAAAAUUGAUUAAAUAAAUACAAAUCUUCAGCAAUCUACACACAAUACUCCAUAAUACAAAGCGAAAACAGGUUAAAAUAAAAACAGAAAUACCUUAUUUACAUAAGUAUUCAUAUGACUCGAAAAUGAAAUUUAGAUCAGGUGCAUCCAGUAUCCAUUGAUCAUCCUUGAGAUGUUUCUACAACUUGAUUGGAGUCCACCUGUGGUAAAUUCAAUUGAUUGUACCAAGCCAUGAGGUCGAAGGAAUUCUCCGUAGAGCUCAGAGACAGGAUCGUGUUGAGGCACAGAUCUGGGGAAGGGUACCAAAACAUUUAUGCAGCAUUGAAGGUCCCCAAGAACACAGUGGCCUCCAUCAUUCUUAAAUGGAAGAAGUUUGGAACCACCAAGACUCUUCCUAAAGCUGGCCACCCGGCCAAACUGAGCAAUCGUGGGAGAAGGGCCUUGGUCAGGGAGGUGACCAAGAACCCGAUGGUCACUCUGACAGAGCUCUAGAGUUCCUCUGUGGAGAUGGGAGAACCUUCCAGAAGGACAACCAUCUCUGCAGCACUCCACCAAUCAGACCUUUAUGGUAGACUGGCCAGACGGAAGCCACUCCUCAGUAAAGCCACAUGACAGCCAGUUUGGAGUUUGCCAAAAGGCACCUAAAGACUCUCUGACCGUGAGAAACAAGAUUCUCUGGUCUGAUGAAACCAAGAUUGAACUCUUUGGCCUGAAUGCCAAGAGUCACGUCUGGAGGAAAACCUGGCACCAUCCCUACGGUGAAGCAUGGUGGUGGCAGCAUCAUGCUGUGGGGAUGUUUAUCAGCGGCAGGGACAGGGAGACUAGUCAGGAUCGAGGCAAAGAUGAACGGAGCAAAGUACAGAGAGAUCCUUGAUAAAACCCUGAUCCAGAGCGCUCAGGACCUCAGACUGGGGCGAAGGUUCACCUUCCAACAAGCACACAGCCAAGGCAACGCAGGAGUGGCUUCAGGACAAUUAUUUGAAUGUCCUUGAGUGUCCCAGCCAGAGCCCGGACUUGAACCUGAUCAAACAUCUCUGGAGAGACCUGAAAAUAGCUGUGCAAUGACGCUCCCCAUCCAACCUGACAGAGCUUGAGAGGAUCUACAGAGAUCCUUGUAUCGUCAUACCCAAGAAGACUAGAGGCUGUAAAGGUUCGGAAUACUUAUGUAAAUUUGAUAUUAAAUUUUUAAUUUAUUUUUGCAAAAAAAAGGAAAAACCUGUUUUUGCUUUGUCAUUAUGGGGUCUUGUGUGUAGAUUGAUAAGGAAAAAACCCAAUUUAAUCAAUUUUAGUAUAAGUCUGUAACGUAACAAAAUGUGGAAAAAGUCAAGGGGUCUGAAUGCGCUGUACAUGAACCCUCUUGAAUUAACUUUCAAUGAGUAAGUAGAUGAAUCCUCUCAGUGCACAAAUGUGUACUCUGCUUUGUUCUGUCAACUUCUCUUUGAUCAUGUAACCAUAAAAGUACAAAUUGACAUCAUCAAUCGCAACUAUACACAAACGAAACACUCCUUUCAGUAAAUGAGCCAACGCUUUUAUUUCACCCAAGCACAUUCGAAAGCAUGUAUGCACCCACACACACUCUCUCUCUCUCUCUCUCUCUCUCUCUCUCUUUCUCUCCACCUCUCUCACUCACUGUUUUACUUACAGCAGCAGUUGCCAUGGCGCCGGUGGGAGAGGUCAUGGGGUCGUGGGCAGUGUCAGCGUCGGAGUCAUUCUCUCCAGAGGUCGUUGUGUUCUCUCUGCUCUUCCUCCUCCUCUCCAUCAUCCUCCUCGCCCUCUGCACCAACUGUGGAAGGUCAGUGAUAGAUUAAUUUGAUUAUUUUUUAUUCCCAGGGACCAUAACAUUCUUAUUUUGUUGCAUUAGAGAGAGCGUUUGACGCCUACAGAUGUAGGAUCUUAAUUUGAUCACCCUGUUGUAGGAAAACUUGUAGUGUAUUUGGGUUUAAAAAGGCUUCUGAAGUUUGUAAUUUUCACGUUGAAAUUUCAGACUUGAUUUUCUCUAACGAAAAAGGUAUGAACCCCUACAACAAUGUCCAUUAAUUAUAAUCCACAUAAUAAUUCACAUUUCCUGUAGCAAACUGUCUUAACUUGAAAUCCUACAGACUGUAUGUCUGAGUAUAUAUAUAUAUAUAUAUGAACCUAUAUGACAGGCUUACAGGAAUGAGGUGUAGGUAAAUGUAUGAAUGAAACAUGCAUGGAGCUCAGUGCUCCAGGCUGCAACUAGUUCGCCCCUCACUGUCAUAAUACUCUACACUUGAUAGGGACAUUGUCUUUGAAUGUCGUAUUGUCUUUUGUCUUGUAGAUAAUCAUAAACCAAAAUACAGUGGGGGAAAAAAAGUAUUUAGUCAGCCACCAAUUGUGCAAGUUCUCCCACCUAAAAAGAUGAGAGAGGCCUGUAAUUUUCAUCAUAGGUACAUGUCAACUAUGACAGACAAAUUGAGAUUUUUUUUUCUCCAGAAAAUCACAUUGUAGGAUUUUUAAUGAAUUUAUUUGCAAAUUAUGGUGGAAAAUAAGUAUUUGAUCACCUACAAACAAGCAAGAUUUCUGGCUCUCACAGACCUGUACCUUCUUCUUUAAGAGGCUCCUCUGUCCUCCACUCGUUACCUGUAUUAAUGGCACCUGUUUGAACUUGUUAUCAGUAUAAAAGACACCUGUCCACAACCUCAAACAGUCACACUCCAAACUCCACUAUGGCCAAGACCAAAGAGCUGUCAAAGGACACCAGAAACAACAUUGUAGACCUGCACCAGGCUGGGAAGACUGCAUCUGCAAUAGGUAAGCAGCUUGGUUUGAAGAAAUCAACUGUGGGAGCAAUUAUUAGGAAAUGGAAGACAUACAAGACCACUGAUAAUCUCCCUCGAUCUGGGGCUCCACGCAAGAUCUCACCCCGUGGGGUCAAAAUGAUCACAAGAACGGUGAGCAAAAAUCCCAGAACCACACGGGGGGACCUAGUGAAUGACCUGCAGAGAGCUGGGACCAAAGUAACAAAGCCUACCAUCAGUAACACACUACGCCGCCAGGGACUCAAAUCCUGCAGUGCCAGACGUGUCCCCCUGCUUAAGCCAGUACAUGUCCAGGCCCGUCUGAAGUUUGCUAGAGUGCAUUUGGAUGACAAUGAUUCCCAAACACACUGCCCGGGCAACGAAGGAGUGGCUUUGUAAGAAGCAUUUCAAGGUCCUGGAGUGGCCUAGCCAGUCUCCAGAUCUCAACCCCAUAGAAAAUAUUUGGAGGGAGUUGAAAGUCCGUGUUGCCCAGCGACAGCCCCAAAACAUCACUGCUCUAGAGGAGAUCUGCAUGGAGGAAUGGGCCAAAAUACCAGCAACAGUGUGUGAAAACCUUGUGAAGACUUACAGAAAACGUUUGAUCUGUGUCAUUGCCAACAAAGGGUAUAUAACAAAGUAUUGAGAAACUUUUGUUAUUGACCAAAUACUUAUUUUCCACCAUAAUUUGCAAAUAAAUUCAUUAAAAAUCCUACAAUGUGAUCUUCUGGAAUUUUUUCUCAUUUUGUCUGUCAUAGUUGACGUGUACCUAUGAUGAAAAUUACAGGCCUCUCUCAUCUUUUUAAGUGGGAGAACUUGCACAAUUGGUGGCUGACUAAAUACUUUUUUUCCCCACUUUAUGUCUCUCUCAAACGCACGCACGCAUGCACACACUCACACUCUCUCACACGCGCAUGCGCACACGCACACACACACACACACACACACACACAUUCCAGACAGACAGAACGUUCAGGUUUGGCGGCUCAGGGAAUUCCUGUGGUAUGAGGUAUAGGGCCCUCUCUCCCUCUCACUCUACAUUACGAAAUGACACACUUCAAAUAACGUACAUAAUGUAUAGGUCGAUACCACCGGUGAAUCACUCAGAUACUUCAAUCUGUUUAUUUUUCUUUUACGAGCGAGAGAGAGAAUAGACAUACCUUUGUUAGGUUCUGAACAAAGAGAGUAAAAACUCAAAUGGACUACUAGAAAAAGCUUAAAGCAAGUUUAUCAGUAGAUAUCUGUUGAACUUGUUCGGAUUCUCUAGUCUGUGUUGUGUUCCACAGGCAAUCGUUUGAGCUCCACGACGGUGGUGAAGAGGUGGAGAGAACCCAAUCACAGCUGAUGAGAGUGGUGAGAGACAGGACAGCCAACAACAAUGACGACAGCUAUGUCCUGACCAGGGUUACACAGAAGUCAGUAAGAGAGGAGAUAGGGAGAUACCGAGGAAGGGAGGAAGCAAGAAAGGUGUAGAAGGGAUCAAAGGGUUGAAGGGUGGGAAGAGAGGAGGGAGGGAUGCGAUGGAAUGGAAUCCUUUUGAGAGUACUUUGCCCUGAGACCAAUGACAGGGAAAUUAUGAACCCAGUAUACUGUGAUAUUUUUACCUGAGUGUUUUUGAUUGACAGGUAAAGUUGGAGGAUGACCUGGCCGCCAGGGAAAACCCCAUGAUCAAUGACAUCAGAAAAGACGAGAGAGGUGGGAAACCGAACUGCUACCUCUAGAUCUACUAGAAUGGUUGUCUUACAGUGUGUGUUCUGUUUUCAUCUCCUCCCUGGUUAGAUUUCAGUCACAUACCUGAAGACAGUAUCCCAGAGCAGCUUCCUGCUGAGCAGGAUGGCUCCAGGUUCAAACCCUCAAGGAGCCACAGGGAGGCGCCAGAUGAGCAAGGUACUGCCUUCACCACUCUCUCUGUUUCACUCUCUCUGUAUCUCCCUACGUAUUUCUCCCAUGUGUCUUUCACACAAGUGCGGUGAGUAGUGGGUGAGUAUUACAGGUGUGUUUUGAUGUCCUGCAGGCGAUUCUCCAGGUGCCUUGCAGAUCGCCAACGGAACCCCUGUGGCCAUGACGAUUAUAUCUCCUUCCCCUCCCACCACCGUCGACAUCGGUAGGCUACCUCAAAUCACCCAUGUGCACUUCUCAAACUAAUUGGGCUCAAUCUCUCUUUGGCUAAGCUUCAGGUUACUUAUUUUCUCACCUUGUAGGUGACCUGAGGGACGUCCUGAACUUCACAGCCGAGCUCCGCUCUAUCCCAGCCCCCAUAUCCGUGGUGGAGGUUGACACCCCCCUCGAGUCUGUACCCCCUCCUGUCUAUUCAGGGGACACCCUGGACGCCCCCAUCAUGAAUGUACUUCACACCCUGGUGCUGGAUGCCCCCAUUGGACAAUCUUGAACCUGUCGAUAUCCCCAUCGUGAAUGACCAUGACCGCCUGGAGGCCCCGGCAGAAUUCAGCUCCAACUUUAUCGCUCAGCUUGAAGAAGAGGGUCAGGUGGAGGGUGAGGAGCAGGGGCCUUCCUUGGGGGUCCGACCCCAGCACACCUAUGAGAUCAUUGGGGAGCUCACUCCUGAUGAACCCUCUGUGGAAGUGGACCUGGCAACCCCAGGCUAUCAAACCAUAGCUGAACUGGUCCACGAAUCAACCACACAGCCUGACGAUGACACAACCAUGGUCACAGAGCCAACGGACCUGGCAAGCCCAGGCUAUGAGAUCAAAGCUGAACUGGUCCAGCAAUCGAGCGCAACCACACUGCCUGAUUAUGAGCCAAUAAUAACUACAGUAACAGACCCGGGGGAGGGGCUUGACCUGACAAGCCCACUCUCAUUGGUGGAGGAGGAAGAGGAGGGUUUGAGUGACAGGGGGUGGAAUCCAAUGUAUGCCAGGGUGAGCAGGAAGCUUAAUAAGUGCCCUACCCCACCCCCUGUGCCUCCACCAGAGGACGAGGAAGACGAGGAAUCUUUACCUCCAUUACCGGAAAGAAGUGGAGAGAUGGAGGGAUGA